AUGGAGAUCAAUAACGGACAUGUUGAAGCUAGUGAGAGGAAUGAGCCUGGAUUUCGCUACCUUGAAUGUCAAAAGAAUCAUGUCGCCUCAGCGACAAUUGGAUUUGUAGUUGAUGGGUGCGGCGAGUUCAUGCCAGGAGGAGAAGAGGGCACGAUUGAAUCAGUAACAUGCGCCGCAUGCCAUUGCCACCGCAAUUUUCAUAGAAAAGAGCCGAUAAUUCCAUACCAAGCCCCGGUAAUAGGACAUUUAGUUAAUUACUAUACACAACCCCAAUACUAUAGGCCUUCUGGAUACCUCGUGCUGACUUCACAGGCUCCCAAAAACCGUGAGCUGGCAAUAGUACCAGUAGCUCCAAGGGAAGGUUUUGAAGAAAUAUUGAACGUUGGCGCCAGUGCAAGUGGCGCCAGUCGGGCGUCUGGAUCAGGAACUACAAAGAAGCGGUUUCGUACCAAGUUUACUAAGGAGCAAAAGGAUAAGAUGAUGCGUUUUGCUGAAAGUAUAGGAUGGAAGAUUAAAAAGGAAAGUGAAGAGGUUGUGAAAGAAUUCUGCGAAGAAAAUGGGAUUAAGAGGCAGGUGCUUAAGGUAUGGAUGCAUAAUAAUAAAAAUACUAUUGGUAAAAAGAUCUCAAUUAAUAGUUAG